UUCGGCCAAUGGGAGUGGAAGGGUGGGCAUGUGUGUGAUUGGCAACUUCAUAUAUCCAAUGAAAACUGGGGGCGUGGGUGGGCGGAGCCGGAAGUAGAGCCAGCCGAGAGGCCCCUGUCCGGCUCGGGCGGAGGGAAGGGGGAGGGAACUAGAGGAGGAGGAGGUUAGCCGAGGCAGCUACAGCGGCGGCGGCGUAGGGGCUGGUACGCGCUGGGCGGCGAGAGCCUCAUGGCGGAGGAAGAGAGCGAUCAAGAGGCCGAACGCCUCGGAGAAGAGCUCGUGGCCAUUGUGGAGUCCCCGCCAGGCCCUGUUGGGCUCAGAGCUGCGGGUGACGGCAGAGGUGGCGCUGGCAGCGGCAGCUGCGGUGUCGGCGGCUUUGGGAUCAGCAGUCGGGAUUACUGCCGACGCUUCUGUCAGGUGGUUGAAGAUUAUGCUGGAAGAUGGCAGGUCCCUUUGCCACAGCUUCAGGUUCUUCAGACUGCACUUUGCUGUUUCACAUCAGCCAGUGCAUCAUUCCCAGAUGAAUGUGAGCACGUACAGUAUGUUUUGAGUAGCCUUGCUUUGAGCUUCUUUGAGUUGCUGCUGUUCUUUGGAAGAGAUGAGUUUUAUGAAGAGCCACUAAAGGAUAUUCUUGGAUCAUUCCAGGAAUGCCAGAAUCACCUCCGCAGAUAUGGAAAUGUGAAUCUGGAACUGGUGACUCGAAUCAUUAGAGAUGGUGGCCCAUGGGAAGAUCCAGUGUUGCAAGCUGUUCUUAAAGCCCAGCCAGCAUCUCAGGAGAUAGUGAACAAAUAUUUAAGUUCUGAAAAUCCACUGUUCUUUGAACUACGUGCCAGAUACCUAAUUGCUUGUGAACGCAUACCUGAAGCAAUGGCUCUUAUCAAAUCUUGUAUAAAUCACCCAGAAAUCAGCAAAGACUUGUACUUCCAUCAAGCACUCUUCACAUGUCUGUUUAUGUCACCUGUAGAAGAUCAACUAUUCCGGGAGCAUUUAUUGAAAACUGAUUGUAAGAGUGGAAUUGAUAUCAUCUGUAACACUGAAAAAGAAGGCAAGACUAUGUUAGCUUUGCAACUCUGUGAAUCCUUUCUUAUUCCACAGCUCCAGAAUGGGGAUAUGUACUGUAUCUGGGAGUUGAUUUUCAUAUGGAGUAAACUUCAGCUUAAGUCUAACCCUUCAAAGCAAGUUUUUGUAGAUCAAUGCUACCAGCUUUUAAGAACAGCAACUAAUGUGAGAGUCAUAUUUCCUUUCAUGAAAAUCAUUAAAGAUGAGGUUGAAGAAGAUGGCUUACAAAUCUGUGUCGAAAUAUGUGGUUGUGCCCUACAACUAGAUCUUCAUGAUGAUCCCAAAACUAAAUGUUUAAUAUAUAAAACAAUUGCACAUUUUUUGCCAAAUGAUUUGGAGAUCCUCAGGAUUUGUGCACUCUCAAUAUUUUUUCUUGAGCGCUCCCUGGAAGCUUACCAUACUGUUGAAGAGCUUUACAAACGUCCAGAUGAGGAAUAUAACGAAGGCACAAGUAGUGUUCAAAAUCGAGUUCGUUUUGAAUUACUUCCGAUUUUGAAAAAGGGAUUGUUUUUUGAUCCUGAAUUCUGGAACUUCGUAAUGAUUAAGAAAAACUGUGUAGCAUUAUUGAGUGAUAAAUCAGCAGUUAGAUUUCUAAAUGAAAGUACACUGGAAAAUUCUACAGGUAAUCUGAAAAAGGCAGUGGAACAGCAAGGUUUAGAUGAAGGGCUUGACUCUCUUACCGAUCAGAGCACUGGAGAGCCUGAUCCUGAUGAUUUGUCUAGAGUGCAACCUAAGGGUCACAUUAAUACAAAGAAAAAUCUUAUGGCUCUUAAUGUUUCCAAAGUAGAUCACAAUGUCCCAAGGCAUCGGUGUAUGUUAUGUAACAAGGAAUUUCUAGGCGGUCACAUUGUAAGGCAUGCCCAGGCUCAUCAGAAAAAGGGCAGUUUUUCAUGUGUGAUAUGUGGUAGGAAAUUUAGAAACAAAGGACUUAUGCAGAAGCAUUUAAAGAAUCAUGUUAAGAAAAUACAAAGACAGCAAAUUGCUGCAGCUCAACAGGAGGAUCAAGAAAUCCCCACUGUGGAAGAAAUAAAUUGUUCCGAUGCUUUCAUUUCAUUUGAGAAUGGGAAUUCUGAUAGUAAGGAUUUGGAAGCAGACACAAUUACUGCUUCCAGUGAUGGAAACAAAGAGGUCAUCCCUGCACAUGUGGCUGAAUUCAUUGAAAUUCCCAUAAGUGUAUCCGAAGAUGUAAUUGAGAACAUGAUUGAAAAUGGGAAUCCUGAUACUUCUUUAAAUAAUGUCUCAGAACCUUUGCCUGUAUGUGAGGAUGACUAUGAGGAGGAAGAGGAUGAAGAAGGUGAUUAUGAAGAAGACGAUUAUGACCUGAAUCAAGAAACUUCCGUACUUCAUAAAAUCAAUGGAACUGUGUGCCAUCCAAAAGAGAUAUAUGCUACAGAUCAAGAAGGGAACUUUAAGUGCCCUGCUCUUGGUUGUGUCAGGAUAUUUAAAAGAAUCGGAUUUCUAAAUAAACAUGCAAGGACUGUACAUCCAACUGAUUUAAAUGUGCGGCAAACGGUAAUGAAGUGGAGCAAAGGAAAAUGCAAAUUCUGUCAAAGACAAUUUGAAGAUUCUCAACAUUUUAUAGAUCACCUUAAUAGACACAGCUACCCAAAUGUGUACUUCUGUUUGCAUUUUAAUUGCAACGAGUCAUUUAAGUUGCCAUUCCAGCUUGCUCAGCACACAAAAAGUCACAGGAUAUUUCAAGCUCAGUGUAGUUUUCCAGAAUGUCACGAGCUUUUUGAAGAUCUUCCUCUGCUCUAUGAACAUGAAGCUCAGCACUAUUUGAGUAAAACACCAGAAUCCUCCGCACAACCAAGUGAAACAAUUCUUUGGGAUGUUCUUACAGACUCAAAUCCUAAUCAUCAGGAAAAAGACUCAUCUAGUAAUGAGAAACAAACUCUCACUCUGCCAGUUUCUACUAGCAAAUCAAGGAAAGAUUCCACAGAACCAAAGACGUGUACAGAAAGUAUGGAGAAGAAAACAGAUGGUUUAGUUCAGAAUGGAAAUGAACAUUCUGACGACACUGUUUCUGAUAUAAGCUUGAUAGACCAAAAGAUGCCUGACAUAGAGCCAAAUUCUGAAAGUAAUUAUAGUAUUAGUGAUUUAGUCAAUGGACACAGUGGAACAGAGCAGACACCUUUAGUUUCGUCAGAGCCUGCUUUGAAAACUGAUACAAACAGAAUCAGGACAGAAAAUGGUUCCAUUUUACCCAGUGUUGUACCACAAGAACAUAAUACCCUGCCAGUAUCUCAGGCACCUUCCAAACCAAAUCUGACGAGUGAACAUACUUCAUAUGGCUUAAUUUUAACAAAGCCGUAUGUCAGACCACUGCCUCCCAGUUACCUUGAUGAACGGUACCUUAGUAUGCCAAAACGCAGAAAAUUUCUGACUGAUAGAGUAGAUGCCUGUUCUGAUCAAGAUAACGUUUGUAAAAAAUCCGUGAAAAGAUUAAGAUGUGGCAAAUGCCUGACCACCUACUGUAAUGCAGAAGCACUUGAGGCUCACCUUGCACAAAAGAAAUGUCAGACACUCUUUGGAUUUGAUUCAGAUGAUGAAAGUGCCUGAUAAAAAUGUUUCAGAAUGAUCUGUCGAUCAAGCAGUAGUGUGAAAAAAGCACUGCAAGAAAUUGCAUCAUCAGUUUGCUAUUUUCCUGAUGGCCUUAAUUUUCAAGCGGUCUUGGAUUUACUAAAGAUAAAGACAAAGCACAUUUUCUAGAAUGAACUCAGAGAGGAGAUGUGCUGGUUUAGACUCCAAAAGGGUUAUUAAAAAACUCCCAAAGUACCAGUUAUCCAGAAAACCACAUUUUUUAAAAAGUUGAUGACUAUUAAUGCAGCAUGUUCAGUUUUACCUAUGUGAGAAACAUGUUUGGGCAACUAGUCAGAAAGGAAAACCAGCUAUGGCCUUACAGAAAGGGAAAAGUUAACCAGUUAUUAAAAAAAAGGGGGGGGGAAGUGGGGGUGGUUUACAAUAAACAGCUUAAAGUAUUCUACAAAAGAAAUUUGUUUUCUUGUCAUGCAUAAUCAGAUUAUGUCCUCCCCUUCUCGUCAAACACGGUUUAAAGAACUAUUGGUAUUUGGUUUAUUAUAAUUUAAAAACUGAUACAUGAAAAUAAAAUUUGAUUUAUCACUAUGCUAUCCAUAAAAGAUUGUAACUUGUUUCCAGAUGAUUGAUUAGACAGGAUAGAGUUCAAUGAAUGGCAUGCCAGCACUGAAAAUUAAACAAAAGAAAACAAAACACUUUGCUAAUAAGCUCCACUUUCCAUUUUGGUAAUACCAAUGAGUUGUAUUUAAAGGCAGCAGUGUCAAUCUUAAAUAGAAAAAGAACCAUCAGUAACUUUGAGGAGAGAUGGGAGGAAUCUAAGACCAUUAAAGGCUAUCUAAUUGAAGGAAAACACUGAAUUGCAAAUAACUCAAUGUGAAUAAUGGUAUAAGCACACUGGGAUAUUUCUAUUUGUAUAUAGAGUAGUGUUAGGACAUUGCUUGAUGAUUCAUAGUAAGGUCCUUUUAGACAUUAAUGUGAGUUAUCUAAGUACAGUCCUAUAAAAAUAACUGGCUGUAAAAAAAAUGUCAGCUAAAAUCAGGUCAAGAAUUCAUUGGUUUUAUUCAGUUAGGAGAAUUAAUUCUAAAAUAAGCCAUACUACUCAUGCUUUCUUAUUUAUUAGUGAUGAAUUUGGUCUGAAUAGUAAUUUUUAUAUAUAAAAGGAAAUAUGUACACAAAAAUUUGCACAGCAAGAACACAGUUAAGAUAUAUUGAUGCUUUUAUUUUCCUUGAUGACCAGUAAUUUUCCUAAGGAAGAUUUUAACUUACUAGUCAAUGAAUUGUUCAAACACAAAAUGCUUUUUAAAAUACCCUCUCAGAUAUGUUCCACUUGUACAUUCUCUAAAAGAGGAAAUUUAGUGAUCUUUUACCUAGUAGUGUGUUAAUCUAUAGCAGGGAUAAAAUAAACAAAAAUACAAAGGCAAAUUCUUAAAAAAUGGAGCUACUAAUGUGCCAUCGUCAACAAAUAUUCCAGUUAUUCAAACAGACACAUUUUUGUUCAAAGCAGAUAAUCUUGUCAGACCUUAAUAUUAUAGCUUCUUUAAUGAAGUCACUAAGGAAGGGGCAUUUCUUCAAGGUAGCAUCUAGACUUUAUCAAGUUGGGAUUUCCAGGCCAUGAGGAUUUAAAAAAAUUCCCAAUUUUAUUAUUUAUUCAUUCACUACUAUGCAAGUGAUAGUCACAAAUCCAUUCCAAUCAAAUUUAAGUUUUUGUUUUGUUGUGUAGCCUACAUUAGGCUGUGGGAUUUACAUUUAAAUGACACAUAAGUAAAUGCAACUCAAUCAGAUUUUUAAAUCCGUUAAGGUCAACUAAAAAAAAAAAUGUUUUCCAUAUUUCCUGAAGCUAAAAAUAUACUUGAGUUCUAUUUCAGUUCAAUAUAAAGUACAUCAUGUAAUAAAAAGUCUGUUUGGACACUAUUUGGACAGUGAGGUUUUUUUUUUUAAAUAUAAUUUCUGCUUUGUAUAUUUUCCAGAAGUUUAAAAUUACAAUUUAGCAUUUUAUCACAUCUUUUAACUUUCACUUUUUAUAAGUUGUGACUAUUGACAUAAAUCCAUGUCUGAAAAUUGUUAUUUUUAUUCAUUAUGCAGUUCAUAUCAAGAGGUUUUAAACAUAUUCCACUUGUUAAUUUUAUCUUUAAUUUGAGGUUUUAUUUCUACUUUUGUGUUGCUAAGGGAAAACUAUUUCUGAAACAUUGAGAUCAAAUUGGCCUAUAAAUAAUUAAAUCAAGGAAUGUUUUAUAAAAAUCUAUUUGGCUAUGCUGUUCUAAACCUCUUUAUAUAAUCCUCAAAUAAUUGCUAUUGAAAGAAUGUGUACAUUUCAUCAUGUAUGUCUUAUAAAGCAUAAACUUACAUCAUUUUGCUUUUGUGGGGUGCAUAAACUUCCAACAGUUCUCAUUGGGGAUUUGGAAGAAAAGGAAGCUUUCUUAUUCCUCAGUUCUUCUCUUUUACUUUUCUACUUCUUCUAUUUUGAGGAUGUGUUUAUCUUACAUGGACCAAGUUUCAAUCUUUUUUUUUUUUUAAUAAAAAUUUCCUUCAAAACAUUAAACAUUAACUUUCUGCUGUUUCAGUAAGGUCAAGAAAAUAGCAAAUCUGAAUUUUUGCUGCUCAGAUAUUACAGAAAAGAGGGAUCUCCGUGGACAAGGACACUGGUACUUUGGGCUCUAGCCAUAUCCAUUUUUUUAAACCACCGAUUAUAUGAGUAGAUAACUUAUAACACUGAACUUGUGAUUCUUUUCAAAUCACACUUGAAGGUUCAGCCGUACUCCUUUCAUGUUUGGUUUAAACUGUUGUAUGGAUGAAAAACCUAAAAGGGAUGAUAGUGUUUAUCUUUUAAUUUAUUUGGUACUGUAAAACACCUUUUCAGAAUGCCUAAAUGCUGCAUAUGCAUUUUGGAAUUGUUAAUAUGUGAAAGAUAUUACAGAUUCAGCAAGAAAGGAAAUUUGUGCUUCCUUGUUGAACAUUAAAUUAUUUUACUUUGCAUUUUAUAAGAGUACAAAUUAAAACUGAGCCAUUGAACUGCAAUAAUUCAACAAUAGCGUCUCAUUUCAAGAAAUUUUUUGUACUGUACAUAGACUUGUUCAAUAAAACAUUGUCCUUGUUGGUAA